CAUUUUUCAAUGAUGCUCCACCCACAGGAAGUGCUACUUUCAACACACGUGACCUUCGAUUCACUUCAAGUUAAGCUUUCCAACAAGAACAAAGCAUGGCGAAUAAAGAGCCCGGUGGUUUGCUAGGGCAGUUGAGGCAGAUGGCUAGCAGAAUGGGCUCUGGUCCAAGGGGUGCAGGUCUUGGAUUCAAGCUGCUUAUAGGGGCAGGAGCACUUGCCUAUGGAGUCAAGGAAGCCACAUACACAGUGGAAGGUGGUCAGAGGGCCAUCAUCUUCAACAGGAUUGGUGGGAUGCAGAUGGACACGGUACUCGCUGAGGGGCUCCACAUUAGGAUACCAUGGUUCCAGUACCCUGUCAUCUAUGACAUAAGGGCGAGACCAAGAAAGAUAUCGUCCCUAACCGGAAGCAAAGACCUGCAGAUGGUGAACAUCGCCCUGCGUGUGCUGUCCCGUCCUGUGGCCUCCAACCUGCCUGCCAUGUACCAGCAGCUCGGCAAGGAUUACGAUGAGAAGGUGCUGCCAUCCAUCGUCAAUGAGGUGCUGAAGAGUGUGGUGGCCAAGUUCAACGCCUCGCAGCUCAUCACACAGAGAGCUCAGGUGUCCCUGAUGAUUCGGCGGGAGCUCUUUGAACGGGCCAAGGACUUCAACAUCAUCCUGGACGAUGUGGCCAUCACCGAGCUGAGCUUCAGCAGGGAGUACACUGCCGCGGUGGAAGCAAAGCAAGUCGCCCAACAGGAGGCACAGAGGGCCUUCUUCUAUGUGGAGAAAGCCUUGCAGGACCAGAGGCAGAAGAUCAUCCAGGCUGAAGGAGAGGCAGAGGCUGCUAAAAUGUUGGGUGAGGCGGUGACAAAGAACCCUGGCUACCUGAAACUCCGGAAGAUCCGAGCAGCUCAGAACAUUGCCAAGACGGUGGCGACAUCGCAGAACAAGGUGUACCUGAGUGCAGAUAACCUAGUGUUGAACCUCCAGGACAACACAAGCAACAGCUUCAGCAAUUUGAGCAGGUUGGGAGAAAUAGGCUGGACGAGCCCUGAGAUUAUCAGCAAGGCUGUUCAAGAGACGCUUCCAGAGAUUGAGGGAGAAUUGAAGACCCCUGAGACAGCCAGUGUUCCUGUGAUGCUUCCAGGGAUUGAGGAACAACACUCCUCGAAGAGCCCUGAUAUUGUCAGCAUGGCUGUUCCAAAGAUUGAGGAGGAACAUGAAUUGAAGUUCCAUGAGAUGGUCGUUGUUCCAGAGACAUUGAGUGAGGCGGGAGAAUACCUGGUCCCCCAUAUUGCGGCGGCGGGUCCUGGGGACGUGGCGCAAAAUGGCGAGGCUUGAAUGUAGGUUUAUCGUUGCCGAGGUAAAGGGAAGUGUCCCUGAAGAGUAUGCAUUCCAUAUCUUCAAUUUGAGCCAUCUCUACACAUUACACAUUAUACCUCUUCGCCACACAGUGGUUUUCAACACUGGUCCUGGAAGACCCCUAUGCGUACAGGUUUUUCUGUCUAGUCAUUCACUUGAAUUAUGUUAUGUUCAAUUUCUCUUUGAAAUGGCUUUCCACAUAUGGUAUCAUGUUACAGUUGCCUGGCUUUACCUCUUUACCUAUUUAAAUGUAAUGAUGUACAGAUGAAUAGAAACCGGAUUGUGCCGGGGUACUCACAGACCAGCACAAAGGAGCACUUAUUUGUUUCUACAAAGUGUAUCUCCUUGUCACAGUGCCUAGCUCUUGGCCUGUAUUCACAGAGCCUUAGAGUUGGUGUGCUGAUACACAGUAGCAUUAGUUUUAGAUUAUAUAGAAAGAGAGCGCUGAUCUAAGAUCAGGUCCUCUUCUCCAAUAUGCUUUUUGGAUGUGGGCCCUGGUUUGAGUUAACAACUCCAUAGUGGCACGAAAUCAACUAACUACACAGCAGGUGCAACCCAGUGGUUUCUUACACUCCAAGUGUCAUCACCACCCUGCCUUUAUAUUAUUUAGUUCAAUUUAGAUGUGACAACAUCAUGCAUCGGAGAACCAUCCAUAGAGUCCUACUGUGACAUUGCUAGGAGACGGGCUCCUCCGUACUUUUACUAUAUUUGUGUUCUGUAACACUCAACAUAAGCAGUUUUUGUCCUGGAUAUACCUGUUGAAAGUGUCAUGCCGGAUCUUCACGAAGUGUCAUGAAUGAAUACCAAUGAAUCUUAAUGUCCUGUGUCACGAAAAACAACGUUACACCAGUGUAAUACAUCUAAUUGUAAUGCAAAUAUUUGUUUUCUUUGGUUCAUGUUCCACCCCCCUUCUCAUUUACAUUUUUUUUUCUUCACUGCAUUUCAAACUUUGUUCAUCUUUGCUCGAGGAAAAAGGUCUUCAUUACUGUGUUCGUAAUCCUAACUAGAGGCCGAAGCACUCACAUUGGGUUUGAAUAAAUACAUGUUUUUGGAUCACAA